UCUAAGACCCACAUUCCCUCUCUCCUGUACGGCCAAUUCUUAGACUCUCUAAUACUCAUUCCUAGACUCUUUAAUUGCUACCAAAAACCAUAUGUCUUUUUCAAUUCAUCCGAGCAAAAGCUCUCUCUCUCUCUCUUUCUCUCGCUUCAUCAAGUUGGUCUUCUGCAGGCAGACCUUCAAGUCUUCUCUUCUUCCUUUACUCAUCAGUACAGCAGAACGGCUUUGUAGAGCACAUAGAAUUUACCUAUGAAUUGUUGGUUUCUCAUCUAUGAGUGAGCCUGUUGCAUUUUCCCUACAAGAUGUUCUCAUUUCCUGAUUCUCUAAAGAGACCAAAGAAUGUUUCGUAAAGGUGACUUAGUUGUUAUUGGGAUCUCUGUUGGUGUGGCCCUUGGCCUUUUUAUAGCAUGUCUCAUUUAUUUUACCAUACGGUGGUACAAAAGACGGGCUCAUCUUCGACGCUGUGCAAAUGAGCAAAGUGCAGCGACUCUUCCUAUACGCACAAAUGGCCUAGGUACAAGCCUCAACUCGAGUGCAUCUCUUUCUAAUUCUGUUACUGUUAAGGUAUCAGAUUACCUUGCCAAGAAUUCUCCGCUCUCUUGGUGGAGUCACCACAGUAAAGAUCGGAUUGCUACAGCAUCUGGCAUACCAAGAUACUCUUACAAGGACAUUCAGAAAGCUACACAAAAUUUCACAACUAUUUUGGGACAGGGGUCAUUCGGUCCAGUAUAUAAAGCUACAAUGCCUACAGGUGGAGUGGCCGCUAUAAAGGUUCUUGCUUCUAAUUCAAAACAGGGGGAGAAAGAGUUCCAAACAGAGGUAUCUCUUCUUGGUAGGCUUCAUCACCGAAAUCUAGUGAAUUUGGUUGGGUAUUGUGUGGAUAAAGGCCAACAUAUGUUAAUUUAUGAGUUCAUGAGUAAUGGGAGCUUGGCGAACCUUCUAUAUAGUGAAGAGGAACGGUUUUUGAGUUGGGAAGAACGUCUUCAAAUUUCUCUUGAUAUUUCACAUGGAAUUGAAUAUCUUCAUGAUGGGGCAGUCCCACCCGUCAUACAUCGGGAUUUGAAGUCUGCUAAUAUUUUGCUAGACCAGUCGAUGAGAGCUAAGGUUGCUGAUUUUGGAUUGUCAAAGGAAGAGGCCUUUGAUGGCCGCAAUUCGGGCCUUAGAGGUACAUAUGGCUACAUAGAUCCCGUUUACAUAUCCACAAACAAGUUCACAAUGAAAAGUGACAUCUUCAGUUUUGGUGUUAUCCUCUUUGAGCUCAUCACAGCCAUCCACCCGCACCAAAACUUAAUGGAAUAUGUCAAUCUUGCGGCUAUGAGCCCAGAUGGUGUAGAUGAAAUACUCGACAAGCAACUUGUUGGGGAUUGUGACCUUGAAGAAGCGAGGAGCCUGGCUAGCAUUGCUCACAAAUGCUUGCACAAAACACCUAGAAAGCGCCCUUCAAUUGGAGAAGUUUCACAGGCUAUAUUGAAGAUAAAACAGAGGCGCCUUGCUAAGGUAGAUACCAUGUCUUUUGCAGACGAUAUUUCACGUGCAACGAGCAGGAUAGAGUGUCAACAGUUGGAGUUGAGACAAAUGGCCAGCAUAAAUGAGAGGGUAACUGACUGACUGACUAAGUGGAAGUUGUUUUUCUCCCCCACCUUCUUUUUCCCUUCCAUUAUUUUUUCUCUGCACCUGGAGCUUUGUUCAAGUAAUACUGGUGAUACCAUAUAUGAUACAAAAGAGAAAUGAAUCAACAAGCUUCUUCUGCAAAAUUAGUGUGAUGCGUAUCAACUAUCAUCAAAGCUCCAUGCUAGAUAUUCCGUGUCUGACCUGUAUCAUUUUCUUGAACAUCACUAUUUUUCGAACCACCAAGUGCAAUGGUUACAAAAUUUCAUCCACAAGAUGGACUAUAUACUAAAAAUGUUGAGGUAAACACCUCAAUUAGAACAGCAAUGAGGAACCGCGAGUAUUGAGUAUGACUUAAUCUAGUUUUCUUUUCCUACUUAAUUAUUUAGAUAAAACCAUUUAUACUCGAA